AUGUGUAGUCUUUCAUCUCAAAUCAGCCGGAUGAAGCAGGCUGCUGUAAUUGAUGGCUUUUCUACAAAUGGGGAAAAUGAGAUGAGGAUGGAGACUUCAUUGUGGUAUGAAGAUACCUCAGACUCCGUGCACCUGGUUUUGGCGUUGAUUUCCUUCAUCUGCAUAGAGACCAUCAUGGAAUGCUCCCCAUGCGAAGGCCUUUAUUUCUUUGAAUUCGUCAGCUGUAGUGCUUCCGUUGUUACUGGAGUUCUGUUGCUUAUGUUCAGUCUGAAUCUCCACACAAGAAUACCGCAGAUCAACUGGAACAUUACAGAUUUGGUCAAUACUGGACUCUGCACUUUCUUCUUUUUCAUUGCAUCUGUAGUACUUGCUGCUCUCAACCAUAAAAAAGGAGCAGAAAUUGCAGCUGUGAUAUUUGGUUUCCUGGCAACUGCAGUCUAUGCUGUGAAUUCAUUUUUAGCAGUUAAAAACUGGAGAAUUAACAGCCGGCAGCAAAACACACGGCAGACCAGUGAUUAUAUGCGGGCGCGGACAGAAUCGAGAGAAGUAGAUCACCGCCCAGAGAUUCAGCGCUUGGAUGGGUGAAAGAAGCUUGUGCACAGAGCAGGAACCCCAAAGGAAAAAAAAGAAGAAGCCUGCAGACCUUUUACAAUUUCCCCCACUUUUAUAGGAAAUGGAGGAGCGUAUGGUGGCAGAGAGCACUGGCAUGUACAAAGAGAGGGAAGAGAAUGGACAACUGGAAGCAAUUGGCUUGAGGGCUGUAAAAAUGGACUUUUGCAGAUGCAGAUUUUUGUCUACAAUCAUGAAGAACGGUGACAAUAUUUUAGAGUGAACAACUGUGUGGUGCACCAUUCAUUUCUGAGUUAAUGAAUCCAUGGAGGGACUUGGUUUCCAUCAUCCAGUAGAAAUGUUAGAAUCAACACCGGCCCUGGAUUGUUCUUUUGAAACUAAGGGUUUCCAAUAAACAGAU